GUGCGUGCAAUCGUUUGAGGUCAUGGCGGCUACGGGGGAAGUAGGUUCGGGAAUGGUUGCAGGACAGGGCCGAAGGAAAGCUUAUGGCAAGGGGCGUACAGCUAAGACCUUGAAGUCUUUACAGUUUGCUAAUCCAGGACGACAUACUGAAUUUGCUCCAGAAGCAAACAAAAGAGAGAAAAGAAGGCUGCAAACAAAAAGCACAUCCAUAAAUUCAGACAGGCAAGUAAUACCAGCAAAGAGCAAAGUAUAUGACAGCCAAGGACUUCUUCUUUAUAGUGGGAUUGAUCUCUGUGACUGUCUUGAUGAAGAUUGUCUUGGAUGCUUCUAUGCAUGUCCUAAAUGUGGCUCCAACAAGUGUGGACCUGAAUGUCGCUGUGAUCGCAAGUGGCUCUAUGAGCAAAUUGAGAUCGAGGGUGGAGAAAUCAUUCGCAAUAAGCAUGUGGGAUAGCCUACGUGCUGUGUUCAUAUACUACAUUGCAUGGAAUUAAGUUCCAAAACAUUUAAUGUACAAAAAUACAUGGUUGGCUGAGAUUUCCAGUUCCUGUCCCAUGUGGUGUAUAAAAACUGAAGCUCAGAAAUAACAAAAAUUGCCAAGAGUUCAUUCUAUCCAUGUAGUUAUUGCUGCAAGAAAAAGUUACUACAUUGCCUGAUCUUAAAGUUUUAAUUUACAAGAGGCUUAAAAUGAUCAGUAUUAAUCAUUUUGUACUCUCUGUUCUGUAGAGGAGAUGUUUUUCCUUUCAAAACAAUGUGAUGUCUACUUGAGUCACUUUAGUCACUAGCAGCCAUAAGCAGUAUUAGCCCUUGGGUAGGUUGGUUAUUUGAUAGAGAUGAGUAGAAAAUAAUAAUAAUAAUAAGGUAAAGUUUAUGAUAAUAUAGCACACUGUCAUUAUUUCAAUAAUGAUUAAUUUCUAAUGGCUUACUUCAAGGGUUAGAACAUUUGGGAUGAGUUUCUUGUUUAUAUUUUGAAUGGAAAUGAACUCUUCUGCUUUCAUGAGUAUUUCACUGCUUAUAAGAGGGGGGAAAUUUUAAUCAAAGACUUAUCCUUAAGAACAUUUCUAUUAUAAAUACAUUGUUUGAGAAAUGUAUAGUUGAAUGUCUACGCAGGCUGAGAGAAAACUUAUGGGCUGAAGUACAACACAAUCUCAUCUUGAAUAUAAAUGUAGCAGUUAUGAUGAUAGGAGUCUUGUAUUGUGACUUGUCUUUAAUCAUUGAUUAUUGUUCAUGAGAACAUGUAAAAUACAUUUGCAGAUACUGUUUUUUAAGAAGCAAUUAAUUGGAUACAUUUUACUUGUUAAGGCAAUUUGCCGUAUGCCUAAAUUAAGAAAAACUUCUCAGAGCAUCUAUAUCUUUCUAUUAAUUUUUGGUAUUUUUAAGUUCAGAUAAGACAGACUUUUCUUACAAAACUGUAAUUAAAAAUUAUUAUUAAUAGUUGAAGUUGGAGGCCCAGCUUCUAGUAAAUUCUAAGGCCCAGCUUCUAGUAAAUUCUAGUAAAUUUCACAAUUAAAAAUGUUAAAUUUUGAAGCCGUUUGGAUAGACUCAUGUUAAUAAAAGCAGCCUUUUGCAUUCUAAGUAACAGUGGACUUAAUUUUUUUAAGCCAAGUUUUUUGAAGCUUUGGUUGAAUUGAUAAAUUUCAUGUAUUGUGCAAUUAAAGAUCUUGAAGAUAAAGUACAGAAAAUUGGCCAUUACAUAAAACCUUUUAGCAGCCUGCCUAACUGUUGGCAGGCUACUUGUACAGAUGGGAUUUUUACUCUCCCUGGCAAGUAGCAUUCUACAAAGGCUGUCAUACAAUAAAAACAUUUAAAUAAA